AUGACCGGACAGCCAGCCAUAGAGGCAUUUGAGGAUAUGCAAACUUUACGACAUCUGAAUCUUCAUAACAAUUUGGCCUUUAAAAAGUACUUUGUAAGAAAUUCAAGUAUUGAAGAAGGCGCAGCUGUGGAAUUCCCAAAUCUGUUUACAUUAAAUAUUUCCUCACUUAAUCUUGGGAAUUUCUGUCGAAAAUUGUCCAUAAAAAAUUUGAGAUCUCUCGAUUUGUCAAAGAAUACCUUUACCACAAUCCCCAAAUACUGUUUACCGAAAAACAGCAUGGCAUAUAGUCUCCAUCUCUCAGAAAAUAAAAUCAAAAGCAUAUCUAAAGAUUCGUUCGACACGCAUCAUCAAUAUUGGUUAGCAGAUCUGAGUUUCAACAAUAUUGUUUCCUUUGAAUUAGGAUCCUUACGACAUCAGACGUUCAUGGUGGAGUUGCGUCUUCAGGGCAACCAACUCACAAAUCUUAAUUCGGGGUAUCCGACCUUCCCUUUAAAGCUGAUAACAAUAGACUUGCAAAGUAACCCCUGGUCGUGUGGUUGUAACCUUGUCGAAACUAUUUUAGCUUUAAACCCCCAUAACAAAUUAAUCAAAUGCGAUGAACCUGCAACUUUUGAGAACUUUUCUGUGACCGAACUGGCUGCCAGAGACAAUUUCACUUGUCGGCCACAGCUUUGCAAUCCUCCACAUCGAAUUCUGCUUUCGUUCGUUGGUGAUCAAAUGGUCGAGUUACCUUGUCCAAUUAUAGCAUCCAACAUCACUUAUUGGUCAUUCAUGUCUCAAGAGCUACAGGUCUCCAAAGCCACUCUACCUGAUGGAGUUUCUGUUCUUCCCCAUAACUCUCUUCUAAUCGCUAAUGUUACCCCCAAAACCACUGGUCUUUACACCUGUUGGGGUGAAAAUGGGGCUGGUCGAACGAGAUUCACCAUAGAAUUACUUGUAGAGGAAAUAAGGGAAGAUAUUGCAGAGAGUUCCAACCUUACUAUAAUGCUAGCCAAAAGCUUUAGCGACACACUUCCCUGUGGUAAAUCUCUUGCUGCAAAUAAUAUCAUCAGUCAUAUUUUGUUUAUAUUGAUGCUAGCAAUAGGACUACUGUAUAAUGUCACAUUUUCUGGAAUAUUUUAA